UUUACGUCACAACAAGUGGUGAAACAUAAAUUAGGCUAUGGCGUUGAAAUAUCAUACAACCUUUGCUCUUUUGCUUUUGCUUGUGAAUCUGAGGUUUCAUGGAAAUGUUGCUGCUCAGAAUGGUAAGUUAGCAGCUUCUUUCAUCUUUGGGGACUCCUUGGUAGAUGCAGGAAACAACAACUAUCUUUCAACUCUUUCCAAGGCAAACGUUCCCCCCAAUGGAAUCGAUUUCAAGGCCUCUGGAGGAAAUCCAACUGGUCGUUUCACCAAUGGAAGAACCAUUGGUGAUAUUGUAGGAGAGGAAUUGGGACAAGCAAAUUAUGCAGCUCCAUAUUUGGCACCAAACACAACUGGGAAAACCAUACUCAAUGGAGUCAACUAUGCUUCAGGAGGAGGAGGCAUUCUAAAUGCAACAGGAAGCUUAUUCACGAAUAGGCUCGGAAUGGAUAUUCAAAUUGAUUACUUCAACAAAACAAGACAACAGAUUAAGAAGUUGCUUGGCGAAUCGGAGGCGAGAGAUUACCUAAUGAAGAAAUCCUUGUUCUCCGUCAUCGUUGGGUCCAACGAUUUCUUAAACAAUUAUCUUCUUCCCUUUGUAUCCUCCGGAGUGAGAGUUUCUCAAAACCCCGAUGCUUUCGUCGACGACAUGAUCAAUCAUUUCAGGAUCCAACUUUACAGACUUUACCAACUGGAUGGUCGGAAAUUUGUGAUCAGCAACGUUGGGCCAAUAGGAUGCAUACCUUACCAGAGGAUUUUAAACGAGCUGAACGAUGAAGAUUGUGUGGAUUUGGCUAAUAACCUUGCAACCCAGUACAAUGGUCGAUUGAAGGAUUUGGUUGCUGAGCUAAACGACAACCUCCCCGGAGCUACCUUCGUGCUCGCUAAUGUGUAUGAUUUGGUGUCGGAACUGAUCGUAAAUUAUCGUAAAUAUGGAUUUACGACAGCAAGUAGAGGAUGUUGUGGAAUUGGAAGUGGGGGUCAAGUUGCAGGGAUAAUCCCUUGUGUACCAACAUCUAGUUUGUGUUCAGAUAGGGAAAAACACGUUUUCUGGGAUCAGUAUCACCCAAGUGAAGCAGCCAACGUAAUACUUGCCAAACAGCUUAUUAAUGGAGACAAGAGAUACAUAUCUCCAAUCAAUCUUAGACAGCUUAUAGAUCUUUGAUCAUACACUAAUUCAUUUCCUUCCCUUAACUGUCAAAAAUAUGCUUCAAGCCAUGUUUUUUCAUUGCAGUGUAAUCUCAAUUUUAAUUUUAAUGUGCUUGUAAUUUCAGAAUCA